UGUCAGUGUUUUAUACUUGUCAGGUCAGCAUGGCACAGGAGGAGGAUAAAUACAAGCUGCAGGAACAAUUUACUACAGCAGUUAAAGUCAUCCAGAGCUUACCCGAAGAAGGUUCUUUCCAGCCAUCUGAUAACAUGAUGUUGGCAUUCCACAGUUACUACAUGCAGGCCAUAUUGGGGCCCUGCAACAUUGCCAGACCAACUGGCUUCUGGGACACUCGUGGGAAAGCUGAAUGGGAUGCAUGGAGCUCUUUGGGAGAUAUGACAAAAGAUGAAGCCAUGAUGAAUUAUGUGGAGAACAUCCAAUUGAUUUUGGAGACCAUCCCAGUCUCAGAUGAAGUAUCCAACUUGGUACAGAAACUUGGAAACUUCUACAGUGAGGUAGAAGGAGAUGAGGUUGAAGAAAAUGAUCUGAAAAUGAGACCCUUCACCAGGCCUUUUGCAGAAAAAAAUGAUGUGGUGGUGAAGCCUUUUGAGAAACCAUUAAUGGAAGGCUAUGGUGAUCUUUGGAAUGAUAUACAGAACCUUCAUGACAAAGAGAAAAAAGUCAAUGUUCGUACCCCAAGUGUCAGUAGUGACGAGGAAGAGGAGUGCAUAGAAAACAGUGAAAUGGAGAGAAAAGACAAUAGUAGUGAUUGGGAGAAAAAUGAUGAAGAGGAGAACAUUGACAAAGAAGAGAGUACAGAGGCAGAGACAUUCAGAGAAUGGAGCCCUGACCCAAAGCUGCCAACAAGGAAAGACCAGGGGUGGACUUCUGAUACCCGGGACUCCAUCAGUAGUAUAGAGCUCAGCAUGUCUUCUGUCACCAAUGAGAUGCACAGUUCCCUCAAUACUGAGAUAGAGGAGGAGGAACUUGCCUGUUCUGAAGAACCCAGUGUGCAGAUUGAAUCAUACAUAGACUUUAAUGGAGAGCUGAGUGAUCACAGCGAUGCUUUAAGUGAGACAAACUGUCAAGCCACAGACACUGACAAUGAGGAAUUCUGUGACUCAGUGGAGCAUCUAGCCAUGGAAGAGGGGCUUGCUGCAUCAAACUUCCUGUUAAGUGAAUCAAGACCUGCCUCACUGAAAGACAAUGACCUCUGGUUUGAGAGCAAAACUACCUGGAAUGAUUGGGAGGAUCAGGUACUCUCUGAAGAGUUCAGACUUAAACGAGGAAUAAGUUCAAUCUACAACAGCUCUUCGCCAAGAAGAGGUAUAGAAUUUCAGUCCUCCUGUGGCUCUCAGCUGAGUGUCACUGCAGAUGCCGUCUGCAGUUCUGUGUCACAUAGCACGCCUUGCGUUAGUGCUGCAGGAGGAUGCGUCAACCAGCAGAUAGCUGUGGCUCUGCUGAGGCUUCAGCAUGACAUGGCCAAUGUGCUGCACAGACUCCACAUGCUGGAGAUGAUCAGUCUGUCACAGCCGAGAUCACCUUCACCAAAGCAGGAGGAGUCCCUAACUGUAGCACAAAAGUUUCUGAGACCAUCUUGGUGGCCUUUUCACUUCUCGACACUCACAGUGGUCUCGACUGUACUUUGGCCCAUGAUUGUUCAUUGGCUUGUUCAGUUUUACUUACAGCGGAAAAGACGGAAAAUUACCUGAACUACCUGAAAUUUGUUGGUUUCGGUCACAGUACAUGAACCUCGGUAACAUGAUUUCCAUUCUGUUCAGUUUUUUAUGUGAUCAUAACAAGUGACAUAGAUGAUCAAAGAAUGAGCAAUUAGAAAACUGACUAUAAAGAAACAACACAAUGAGGUAUUAUCUGUUUACUGAAAGAGAGUAAUUGUUUAUUUUAAAUGGGGGUCCAUUUAAAUGUUGUUAAAAUAAUUUCAUUAUAGUCAUCAUAUAGUAGCUGUAGAGUUUGCACAAUAAGGGCUUUUUCACCCAUUGUCAUGAGUGGCAUAAAUGUUAAAUUUAAUGUAAUAAUUUAGCUAUUUAUUUAGGUUUCUUCAUUUUUAAUUUAAAUGUAAUUUCAAAGAUAUGCUUUUGGGAGUAUUUGUGUGUUAAGGGAUAUCAGAUGAGUUUUAUUUUCUGGACACAUUUCAGGGCAUUUCCUCUUAGACAAUGUAGACAUAUUUGAUCUGAAGCUUUAACAAAAUACUAUCAGAGACUGUAGUUUUCCAAAGAAGUGGCAAUCCUUAGCGUUUGGGUUGCCCCUUUGUUUAUAUAUAUAUAUAUAUAUAUAUGAGGUCUGUCCAUAAGGUAUAGGUCCUUUUUAU